UGUUCAGGUCUGGCUCUUCACCUCUGCGCACCUACGCAACAGAGAAAACCACGCGCUUAGGGGCAAGAUGGGACUGUUUGGGAGUCUGCCAGGUAACAAGGAGAACCCUUGUUCUUCGCUGUCUAGUGUCACUGUUGCUCUGUGUCUUCUCACCCUCCUCCUGAUGGCCCUCAGAAAGAUCCACCACCACAGCUCCCAGCAUCAACAUGUAAAAUACCCCCACCCCCCCGGCCCCACGCCCUGGCCCCUCGUGGGCAACCUGCUGCAGAUGGGCGACCAGAUUCACCUGUCUCUAACUCGCUUAAGGUUCCAGUACGGGGAUGUUUUCAAGAUGCGUUUGGGAUCUCUGACUGUCGUGGUCCUGAGUGGAUACACCACCAUCAGGCAGGCGCUGGUUCGGCAGGGCGACGCCUUCGCCGGCCGUCCUGAUCUUUUCACUUUUUCCGCCGUCGCCAAUGGGACCAGUAUGACUUUCAGUGAGAAGUACGGACCGGUGUGGAUGCUACAUAAGAAGCUGUGUAAGAACGCCCUGAGGUCCUUUUCCCAGGCUGAGCCCAGCGAGUCUGGGGCCGCCUGCCUGCUGGAGGAGCACGUCUGUGCUGAGGCUGCGGAGAUGGUGGAGGUGAUUCGGAAGCAGGCUGCUGCUAAAGGGGAAAUGGGCCAGGAUACAACGGGUAUAGAUCCAGUGAGGCCACUGGUGACGUCUGUGGCAAAUGUGGUCUGUGCCCUCUGUUUUGGGAAAAGGCACGACUACAACGACAAGGACUUUCUCGCUAUUGUCCACAUCAAUAACGAGGUCCUGAGAAUCUUCGCCGCGGGGAAUCUGGCCGAUUUCUUCCCUGUGUUCCGUUACUUUCCGAGCCCAUCUCUGAGGAAGAUGGUCCAACACAUCCGCCGGAUGAAUGGGUUUAUGGAAAAGAGCAUCGAAGAGCACAUGAACACUUUUGACAAGAAUUGUAUCCGGGACAUUACGGAUGCACUGAUUGCGCUCUGUGAAGGCAGAGAAGAAAACGAUACCGCCAUGCUCUCCAACUCCCAGAUCAUUCACACUGUCAUAGACAUCUUUGGAGCAGGAUUUGACACCAUCAUUGCCGGUUUGCAGUGGAGCCUGCUGUACCUCAUCAAGUUCCCUGACGUCCAGGCCAGAAUACACCAGGAGAUAGAUCAACACAUUGGAGCAGCCAGGCUGCCGAGGUUCGCCGAUAAGCCCAGGAUGCCUUUCACCGAGGCCUUCAUACACGAAGUGUUCCGUCACGCCUCCUACGUCCCUUUCACCAUUCCUCACUGCACAACAAGAAACAUCAUCCUGAAUGGAUACUUCAUUCCUAAAGACACGUGUGUCUUCAUUAACCAGUAUCAAGUCAAUCAUGACACUGAGUUCUGGGGGGACCCAGAAGCAUUUCGCCCCGGACGCUUCCUAGGUCCAAGUGGGCUCCUCAACAAGGACCUGACUGAGAAGGUCCUAAUCUUCGGCAUGGGGAAGAGGCGCUGCCUCGGCGACGGGUUUGCCCGCUUGGAGAUGUUCGUCUUCCUCACCACGCUGCUCCACGGGCUGCGCAUCCAAAAGGUUCCGGGGCUGGAGCUGGAUCUGGGCACUGAUUUUGGACUGACUAUGAAACCACGUCCGUUCAAGAUCGCGAUCUCCACAAGGGUCUAGACCCUCAAAGAAGCCAAGCGGUGUCACGUGUGAAGCGCACGCUAACGAUUACAGCCAGGAUCUGUGGCUAAUCAAAAACACCACAUACAGUAUAUACAAUAUAAUAUAUACAAUACGUACCUCACAACGUAACUUGGUCAAGGUUCUACCAAAACUACGGUAGACGACGAACAACGAAAGGGAAUAAAUCCUGUCUAUAGAUAUAGAACAUGUAGUUAUUACAAACUAACUUCAUGCACUCAACAAUAUUUGUCGAGGGGCACGUCAAGUGCUUCAGUGCCUGUACUUUGUAAAGGGUAGAGUCUGUCCCAGCACAUUAAAAAUUGAAUUGCGCUCGAAAACAGGCUCUCAUUAAAAGGCUUUAUCUUAAGGUAUUAGUGCCUCACUAAAGUAGAGAGUGAGGCUGUUUCAGGUCAGUGUUCAGUGCUUUGGGCCUCAAACUGUGUUCAUUGCUGACUUCAGUCCUCUUUUCCCUUUCCUCCUCGUCAGUGGCAGUCCUUUUAUGUUGUGCCCCCCCUCCUCCCCCCCCCCCCCCCCUCCCCUGGCUCCGUCU